AUGAAUUACUCUGUUUCUUGGUCAUAUCUCUUCGAACAUUAUAAUGAAGAGAUUAAAAAUGAUUCUGUUGAUUUGCUCAAUUCUCUUGUAGAUAAUAUAGAAGAUGAACCUAUUGAUAAGGAAGGCCCAAACAUAUUUAUCAAUAAGUAUUCAGAUUUAGGUUCAUGCGAAAUUGAUAAAAACUAUGAUUGGAUUGAUGACAUAAGACAAUGGCAUCCAGAUCUUGACCUUGCAAAUGUAACUACUUUUCUUCAGCAAGUUCAUAAUGAAAGCGCUUUAAAUUUUGAAGCUUAA